GAAGAAGAAGACUUUGGUCAACAUUUAUCAACUAUUAUUUUAUUUUCAGUAUCCUGACUUUCACCAAAUCCUUACUGUUCUUUGCUCUUCCUCUCUCUCUCUAAGUCUUAACUCAUUCUCUCUUUUGUUCUUCUUCGGAAUCAAUUUCUCACAACCUAUAUCAAAUCUCCCCAAAAGUUUCUAUUUUUAUCAAAAAGAAUACCACUUUUGCAUCUGCACUUUUUUCUCUCUCACUUUCCUUUCACGGCCAUUCCGAGCUUGUUCGUUGUCGGAGAUUUCACUUAAUGUUGUCCAAGCAAAGUUUCAUUCUUUGUCUUGUUUUCUUCUCCAUCACAGCCUUUUCCGGCGACUCCAGAGCCCUCGCCGGGAACAAUGAGCAGAAGAAGAACAUCUCCGGCUUUUCCGGGUUUGACUUCCCGAAUCCGAUGCGCUUCGGUUCUGUUUCUUCUUCCACAAGCGACGACUGCGGUUUCUCCUCCCCGGAGAAAGAACCCACCAAGGAAACGACCAGAGAAAACAAGACGGUGAAGUUUCAUUUAAAGCGCCGACAAACAACGACCAAACAAGAAACAGACAAGACAACAAAAACAAAUCCAGUUCUUGAGCUCCAAAUCAAAGAUCUCACAAGGAUCCAGAUGCUUCACAUAAGAGUCUUGGAGAAGAAGAACCAAAACACUGUCUCCAAACCUCACAAACAUAACAAGAAGAACAAGAAGAAGGAAGCUGUCACCUCUCCGGUGACUUCUUCUCCGGUGAAGGAGGAGAAGCCUGGUCAGCUCGUGGCUACACUAGAGUCCGGUAUGUCUCUCGGUUCAGGAGAGUACUUCAUGGACGUGUUGGUCGGUUCACCACCAAAACACUUCUCCUUGAUCCUCGACACAGGAAGCGACCUAAACUGGAUCCAAUGCCUGCCUUGCCACGACUGUUUCCAGCAAAACGGUGCGUUUUACGAUCCAUCAACCUCUACCUCUUUCAAGAACAUAACUUGCAACGACCCAAGAUGUAACCUAGUCUCAUCGCCCGACCCUCCAAAGCCCUGCAAAUCAGAUAACCAGCCGUGUCCUUAUUACUACUGGUACGGAGACAGCUCCAACACUACCGGAGACUUCGCCGUCGAGACUUUCACCGUUAACCUCACCACCAACGGAGGGAGCUCGGAGCUGUACAACGUCGAGAACAUGAUGUUUGGUUGUGGUCAUUGGAACAGAGGUCUCUUCCACGGUGCUGCAGGGUUGCUUGGUUUAGGAAGAGGUCCUCUUUCGUUCUCAUCUCAGCUUCAGUCUCUUUAUGGACACUCCUUCUCUUACUGCCUUGUCGACAGAAACAGCGACGCAAACGUUAGCAGCAAGCUGAUAUUCGGUGAAGACAAGGACUUGCUAAGCCACCCGAAUCUGAACUUCACUUCUUUCGUCGCUGCCAAAGAGAAUCUCGUGGAAACAUUCUACUACGUCCAGAUCAAGUCCAUACUAGUCGCGGGCCACGUGGCGAACAUACCUGAAGAAACAUGGAACAUCUCAUCAGACGGUGGUGGAGGAACCAUCAUUGAUUCAGGUACAACGUUGAGUUACUUCGCUGAGCCUGCGUAUGAACUCAUCAAGAACAAGAUUGCUGAGGAAGUGAAAGGGAAGUACCCUGUGUAUAGAGACUUCCCUGUCUUAGACCCUUGUUUCAACGUCUCUGGUGUAGAUAACGUUCAGCUUCCGGAGCUUGGGAUUGAGUUUGCAGACGGUGCUGUUUGGAACUUCCCCACAGAGAACUCUUACAUAUGGUUGAAUGAGGAUUUGGUUUGCUUGGCGAUUCUUGGAACUCCGAAGUCAGCGUUUUCCAUUAUUGGAAACUAUCAGCAGCAGAACUUUCAUGUACUGUAUGAUACCAAGAGGUCAAGACUCGGAUUUGUACCUACAAAGUGUGCAGAUGUAUAAACCUUCUUGUCGAUUUAUGCAGAUAUAAGGUCCAUUGAAGCAACUGUACACACAGAAAGUUAGCAACAAGGAGGAACAGAUUCUUUUUCUCUUUAAUAUUUAUUUCAUUCUUUAGGAUAAUAUUCCUUUUCUUUCAAUAAUAUAUUGCUGUAGAACAAAGUUCAUAUCUCUCUAAUGUACUGAUUCAACACUCAA